UAAAAGCACCUGGGAUAUUACUGGACCUCUUCCUUUUUUUAAUUAAACCGGUGAUCGCCAAUACUAGGUUUAACAGGGUUUUCUGAGAUCUUCCGUUUCUUCUUCUUCUCGAAUUACUCUUACGUUGGUGCGAUGAAAACAGCAAAGGGGAAAGAUAAAGUUAAGACCACAAAAGAAGCCUUGAAGCCAGCCGAUGACAGGAAAGUGGGAAAGAGGAAGGCACCAGCUGAGAAGGCUAGCAAACGAGAGACUCGUAAAGAGAAGAAAGCUAAAAAGGAUCCGAACAAACCCAAAAGAGCUCCUAGUGCUUUCUUUGUCUUUCUAGAAGAUUUUAGGGUAACAUUCAAGAAAGAAAAUCCUAAUGUGAAGGCCGUCUCUGCAGUUGGGAAAGCUGGAGGCCAGAAAUGGAAGUCAAUGUCUCAAGCUGAAAAAGCUCCAUAUGAAGAGAAAGCUGCAAAGAGGAAAGCUGAAUAUGAGAAGCAAAUGGAUGCAUACAACAAAAACAUGGAGGAAGGGAGUGAUGAAUCUGAAAAGUCUAGAUCUGAGGUGAAUGAUGAAGAUGAAGCCAGUGGGGAGGAAGAUCUACUAGAGAAGGAAGUAGCAGGUGAUGAUGAAGAAGAGGACGAAGGUGAUGAUGACGAUGAUGAGGACGACGAUGAAGAAGAAUAAACUGGGGAUGGAAAUAGGAUUUUGUAUCCCAAACUUAACCGAGGGUUUACGUGUAAUUUGUGUGUCGUUAACUAUAGAUCUAAAAUCGUGUGUUUUUUAUUUUCCUUUUCCUAAGAAAGCGAAACAGUUGUUAGCAUCUCUCGGGAUGUUUGUUUCAGCUUUUUUGCACAACAAAAUGUAACAAUGGCUGCUUUAGUGAUCAUCCAAAUCAAAACACAGUAGGCUCUCGCUUCAA